GAGGCUUUUUCGUAUGUUGCUCCACUGAAUGAACAUUCCAGCUUAACAGCGAAGGAAAACCUGUUUUUCGUUCUCCCAAGGAAGGACUCCAUCACAGCCUUUUACUUUUCUUUGUCGUGUUUUCCUCUUCUUAUAAAUAAAAUAAAAUCGGACAUCCUUCCGAAUCUCCACCUUUAUUCCGUCUACCGUCUUCCCUCUGUCUCUCACAUUUACGACGCAAGGGAGAUCGGAAGUGCAGAAAAUGGCGGAUCAAAUUGGCAAAGGAGAGGACUUUGAGAAGAAAGCAGAUAAGAAGAUCAGUGGUUGGGGUUUGUUUGGUAAUAAAUAUGAAGAUGCUGCAGAUUUAUUCGAAAAAGCUGCGACUAGCUACAAACUCGCCAAAGCCUGGGAUAAAGCUGGAUCUGUAUAUGUCAAAAUGGCUAACUGCUAUUUGAAGGCAGAAAGCAAGCAUGAAGCUGCUUCAUCCUAUGCGAAUGCUGCAAACUGUUACAAAAAGGUUUCUCCUCAAGAGGCUAUUUCAUGUUUAAAUCAGGCAGCCAAUAUUUUUACGGAAAUUGGCAGGUUUAACAUGUGUGCAAGAUAUUUUAAGGAAAUUGCAGAGCUAUAUGAACUUGAACAAAACUUUGAGCAAGCUAUUAUUUUCUUUGACCGCUCUGCUGAAUUUUUCCAAAGUGAAGAGUCAUCAUCUGCUGCAAAUCAAUGCAGACUAAAAGUUGCACAAUUUGCUGCUCAGCUAGAAAAUUAUAACAAAGCCAUUGCUAUUUAUGAAGAAAUAGCACGACAGUCAAUGAACAAUAAUCUUCUGAAAUACAGCGUUAAGGGUUAUCUCCUGAAUGCUGGGCUUUGCCAACUUUGUAAGGGCGAUGUUGUUGCAAUAAACAACUCAUUGGAGCGAUACGAGGAAAUGGACCCAACUUUUUCUGGAACACGUGAAUACAAAUUUUUAGCUGACCUGGCUGCCGCCAUCGAUGAGGAAGAUGUUGAGAAAUUCACUGACGUUGUCAAGGAAUUUGAUAGCAUGACCAAACUGGAUGCUUGGAAAACCACGAUUCUGUUGAGAGUGAAGCAAUCACUGAAGGCAAAGGAGCUAGAAGAGGAUGACCUCACUUGAAUUCCAUCUUACCUACUCUCUAGUUUUGGGUUUGUAUCCCUUAAUUGGUUAAUGGUUAGGCAGAUUUUAUUGCGGCCUAAACAGUACUGAUUUGUACUAUUUGUUGGUUUUGAAUUUUAAGUGGAAACUGUUUGCGUGGGAGUUGUGUGCAUAAACUAGUAUUUUUCUCUUCCCUCAAGAUGGCUAUUUAGUUGUCCGUUUUGUUAAUGCUAUAUCUUUGAGAUAAUAAAAUUUGACUGGCUUGAAUUGUGAAUUGGGGUCUUUAGUCCCGAUUUGUACUAUUUGUUGGUUUUGAAUUUUAAGUGAAGACUGAUUGCGUGG